AUGGCGCCUUUCGAUCGCACACACAACCCUUUCGAUCAUUGGCAACAGGUUAUCGCAUCGCUACGGCGUGAGCUGGAAAACCUGGAGGCGGAGGUUAUGGGAGCCAAGGCCAAGGCCAAGGAAGAGGCGUCCCGGCGGGUGGAGUUGGAGAUCGAGCUCGAGACGCUCAGGGCACGCAUGGAAGAACUUCAGAAGCAGGCAUCCACCUCCUCGAGGGUAGACGGAAGCCAGAGUCCCAAGGUCCUCAGGGCUGUCCGGAGAGCCGAGCUCCGUCAAGUUCAGGCCGCCCUCGGCGUCGCGCAGGACCUAGAAGAGAGGCUAGACGUCAGCCUCGCCGUGUCCAGGGCCGUCAGCGUCAACGUCUACUCGAGCGCCGCCAGCGCGGCCGCGGCAUCUGGGGCGUCGACGGCAGUACGCUCGGUAUCACCACUGCCAUCACUGUCGUUGUCGCCGUCCAUGUCCGCGCCGAAGGCGGCAGGGGUCGGUGGUGGUGUCGAUCGUGACGAAGAAGCCCGCAGUGGGGGCGGUGAGGGUAGCGAGGAGGGUAGCGAGGAGGGUAGCGAGGAGGGUAGCGAGGAGGGUAGCGAGGAAGUGAAACGUGGUGGGGAGGAGGAGGAGGAGGAGAAGGAGGGAGGUGCAGAUUCCGGUGGCGACGGUAUCGGGCAGGGUGGGGGCGCCGGGAUUUAUGAGGAUGAAGGAACGGAAGGUGGGGAGGAGGAGGAAGAGGAGGAGCAGGAACGAGGGGGCGCAGGUUCCGGCGGCCGUGGGAUCGGGGAGGGAGGGGUUACCGGGAGUAUCGGGGAUGGAGAAAGGGGGGGUGUGCAGGAGGAGGAGGAGGAGGAACGAGGGGGCGCAGGUUCCGGCGGCGACGUUUUCGGGGGGGACAGGAGACCAGGGACUAGCGAGGAUGAGAAACGGGAAGGAUGGGAGGAGGUGAAGGGGAGAAUGGGGGAAGACGGGGGGGAUGCAAGUUCCGGCGGCGACGGUGGCGAAGAAGAAGCGUCGCUUUCGGGAUCGUCGAAGGGAGAGGAGGACGACGACGGAAUGACUGCGGUGGGGAUGGAGAUGGAGACGGAGACGGAGACGGAGACGGCGAAGACUGGGGGGCACUUGGAGAGGAAGGAGGAGGACGAGGGAGAGAUGGACAGGCAGCGGCAGCUGGAGGCUCGGGCGAAGACGUCGGAGGCGGCGGCGGCGGCGGCGGCGGAGAGAUCGAGGGCUGCUGCUGCGGCGUCGGCGGCCUCCAAGGGAGAGGGAGACCAAGAACGCGGGUGCGCUGAGGGGUGGGCGGGGGGAUUGAAGAAGUUUGUCGAGAAGGGGGUCGACGAGCUUGAGCAGCAGGAGGCCGCCGCCCUCGCCGCCGCUCUCGCGGCAGCCUCGACCCUCCCCUCCUACUCGUUGCCCCCCCGCCGCUACACCGCCGGGGUCAUCUCCCCGAGGCUGGGUAGCCCGACCUACCUCGCCUCGAAGGGCUUCGGGAGCUUCAGCGGGAUGAGCGCCUCCGAGCGGGGCUCGGAGUGGCACACGGCGGGCGCCGCGGCUGGGAAGUGUCGGUCUCUGGAAGACGCUUUCCACGCCGCGGAAGGAGAAAGCGCGAGAGGGGGUGACGCGCAACGGUCCGCGGAACGGUCCACGGAACCGCCCGAGAUGGGGCUCAUCAUCCCAGCCUGGGCCCCGCCCGGCCCCGUUUUCGAGAGGGAGGGGGAGGCGGAGGCGGGGGCGACGGCAGCUGCACCCGCAGCUGCACCCGCAGCUGCACCAACACCCCUCAGUAGCGACGGCGACCUGCCGGACAUCCCCAUCACGGUCGCGGAUACGUCGACGGAGUCGCUUGGAUCAUCAACGGAAUCGGCGGGUUCUGGUGGUGACGCGGCGGAGUCGGGUGGAGCUGAAGGCGACCGUGCUGACAGUACCAACCGUGCUGAUAGCUCCAGCGCGAAGACAAUGUCGGAUGGCGCAGCAGCGGAAGGAGAAGACGCAUCUGAGGAGGAUCGAGAGAGAGAGGGCACAACGGAGGGCGUUGUUGGGGCUGUCGACGAUCGUGACGUUGGAGUUGAUGGAUCCAGUGCGCAGGGCGGAGCAUCUGAUGGUUACGGCGGUGUUGCAGGUGGUGAUGGGAGCAGCGCGGAGUACCGACAAGGGCCGGUGGGUGGUGAUGAGAGCGGAGUUCCUCCAGCGGGCGUUUUGGAUGAAGCAGGCGAUGGUGUCGAUGAUACAUCAGAGGCUUGUGCGGCGGCUGCCGAAGAGCUCGUGGCGGUUGGUGAUCGAGAAACAGGCGAGGGGAGCAAAGCGGGCGGAGGAAGAGGAAGAGAGACGGCUGGUGAUGGUGAUGGUGAUGGUGGUUGCGAUUACUCUGGAAGUCGUUCGGGUGCUGAAGAGGUUGCGGAUGUUGGUGAUACUGGUCGCGCCGAAGAUGGUGCAGCAGCAGCGGUGGGUGAUGAUGGUGAUGGUGAUGGUGACGAUUACGCUGGAGGUGAUUCAGGUGCUGAAGAGGGUGUGGCGGUCGAUGAUGGUGGUCAUGUCGAAAAUGCUGCAGCAGCAGCCGUCGCCGGAGGUGGACCAGUUGAUGGUAACGACGGUGAUGCCAAAGAGGUGACGGAGGUUGGUGAUGCUGGUGAUGCCGGAAAUGGUGCAGCGACAGCUGCGGGUGAUGAUGGCGAUGGUGAUGGUGACGAUUACGCUGGAGGUGUAUCAGAUGCUGAAGAGGGUGUGGCAGUCGAUGGUGCUGGUCAUAUCGAAGGUGGUGCAGCAGCAGCAGCAGCAGCAGCAGGGGCUGAUGGUGAUGGUGAUGGUGAUGGUGACGAUCAUGCUGGAGGUCUCUCAGGUGCUGAAGAGGGUGUGGCGGUUGAUGUUGCCGGUGAUGUCGGAGAUGGUGAUGGUGACGAUCACGCUACAGGUCGUCCAGGUGCUGCUGAAGUGGGUGUGGCGGUCGAUGGUGGUCAUGUCGAAGCGGCAGCAGCCGUCGCCGACGGCGGAGCAGUUGAUGAUGGUGACGACGGUGGUGCUGGAGGGGGUGUCGCGGUUGGUGAUAUUGGAGAUCAUGCAGCAACCACAGGGAGCCGGGAGGGCAGUGAAGACGACAGCAGAAGGGUGCCUGGUGACGUUGGUGAGGGUAGGGUUCGUGGGGCAGCAGUGGAGGAGGGUCGGAGCACCAACGAGGAGAUGGGUGAUGGAGAUGCGGCUCGCGCAGUCGCCGCCGAGGCGUUGGCGGCGGUGCUACAGGCGGAGCUCGACCAAAUGAAGGGUCAGCUCUCUGAGCUCAGCUCCGAGAACUGGCGCCUUCGCAUGAACGCCGAGGCUGCUGCUAGAGAAAGGGGCGCAGAGAUAGCUCGCGGCAUGACGGAGAGAGCAGAACGCAUCCGGGCGGGCAGGAUGGAGAGGAACGAGGCUUCGGCCUUGAGCAGCAGAGACGCCGCCACCAGCAGCGACAGGGACAGGCACACGGAGGUCGAUAGCAGCAGCAGCAGCAUAAGCAGCAGCAGCAGCGACAGCGGCGGCAGCGAAGGUACUGGAAGCAGCGGCAUGAGCGACGUAGAGGAAUACCUCGGACUGGAGGAGACAACACUGGUAGUCCAAGACGCUCCUGGGCAGCAGCGCCAAGAAGCACGUGACAAGGGCGGGGGAGUGAUUCUACGCUUCCUGCAGGGGAUGCAGCCAGUGUCGCAUGUACACUGGGAACAACUGUAGUCCAUGCGAGGCAUACAUGAGUACCACGAGCCCAUCCAGGGGCGUCAAAAUGGGAGUUUAAUUUUUUUCGUGUGAGGAAUGUUUCGAAAUGUGGAUAGGUGAGGUUACCGUAGUAUAAAAUGUGUGUUUUUGUGCUGUAAAGGUGGCAACCUAUGUACGUUCGUGUAUCUGCGGUAUGCGUGCUUUGGUAGAGGUUUGCCGGGAGAGCUUUGGGAUAUUUGUAUAUGUUGCAGGGCAAGUCAGGCGCCUUGGCCAUACGGCGAAAACCCGUGUUGUGCGUCACACUAAUAUUGUCACGAUAGCCAAGCAGAGUGGAGUGACUGGGUCUCUUCCGGCACACCCAUCGCAGGUGACGCCGUUUCUUUUGUCACCCAGACCACCCAAGGUAAUUUUCGUUUCCCCUGUUCCUCUGAAGCAUCGCCAGGGGUGACGUACAGAAGGGGAUGGGGGUGGGAGUGGAGUGGACUUUUUCUUCGGCAAGAGAAUCGCACGGGGUGGGGUGCAGGGGAGGGGGGGCGUGGGAUGACCCGUGGCGUAGAUGUAGUUCACGGUGUAGCUAAGCUCGAUUCUGUUUUUAUGUGUCCAUUGUACUGACUUCACGUGUGUGAAGGUGAGAAACCGCUCCUUCGAUGGUGGUGUUGGCUUUGAUAUGAUAAUAUUUCGCCGAGGCUGCGGUAUAGAGGCGGGGCGCUAUCCAGCCAAAUUGGAACACCAUUGAUACAAAAUGUAGUCAAGACUUCGUACUCCUUGAAUGUUACCAAAGAGACGAUUGUUGUGUUCCAGCUUCUCUGGUGGAAAAAGGGACAGGGGGCCGCAUCCGGCAUCUGUUUCUGGUGACCGGUACAUGUGUGUCAAUUGUCGAAUGUAAGUGCUGUAGGAAAUUAUCGUCAGUGAUGAUGUAAACAGCCACCGAAGUGUGGACUCGAGGGUAGCCCAUUGUGCUUAUGUAUCUGUUGGCUUUGUUUGUGCCUUUCAUCGUUGUGGAGCGAUGGGCGUGAGAACGCAGGGUACAUGUUUCGGUAUCUUCCUCUAUAUACCUAUCUCGGUGUGUGAGGGGGUGGUGUCAGGCAACAUUUGAGGCAGCUCCGUGGUGACACCCUGUCCUAGUAUCUGCAUGAGAGGGAUGGUUGGGUGAUGCUUUUCCGAGAUGGACCCAACAUACUUUGUAUGGCAGUCCGUGAGGACUUCGAUGUGCUUUGUGAAUUGAUUGGAGCUACCGGCGUGUUUCGAUGCAGCUUUCGCUCCAAUGAAAGAACGCGUGCAUAUUGAGGCAUCGCAUGGUAUACACAAGAGACACUAGGCAUAAAAACUCCC